GUAAAAGUUAAAAACUUCCAAUAUGAGUGAAACACUAGGUGAAACGGUGAGCAAUGCUAUCAACAACUUUGUCAACGAAACUUUCCAAAAAUCAAACUCAUCGGCUAAAAUACCUGCCACACCAGAAGGCAAACUAGUUGCGUACACUGCUCUUAUUUCUAUGGCUGUUGUUCCUAUUAUUAUUGGGGCUUACAGAUCAGUUGCAUAUCUUGAGAAACAAAAGUUGACGGGUGAAAAACCAGACACAAUCACGAAAGAUGAUGCCAUGAAAUUUCCUCUCGUUGCAAGUUGCAUGUUGUUUGGUAUUUAUGUCUUCUUCAAGCUCUUCUCACAAGAUCAUAUUAACAUCCUCGUCAGUUUCUAUUUCUUUAUCCUCGGUAUCUUUGCUAUGGCUCACAUUAUUGGACCAUACGUUGAGAAAUUGAUUCCAGCUUCAUUUCCAAACUUGCCCUAUCAUUUACAUCUUACUGAGGGAAGUGAAGAGAAUAAAUCCGUUUUAUUGGACUUGGAUUUUGAUCGUAAAUAUGUUGUUUCUAUUGCUUUGUUUGGUCUUGUCUCUGGAUGGUAUGCAGUAAAAAAGCACUGGUUGGCAAACAAUCUAAUUGGUCUUUGCUUCGCCAUGAACGGUGUAGAAUUGUUGCAACUUAGCAGUAUUGGGACUGGAUGCAUCUUAUUAAUUGGUUUGUUUUUCUAUGAUGUCUUCUGGGUGUUUGGCACCAACGUGAUGGUACAAGUGGCCAAGAAAUUUGAUGCUCCAAUCAAACUGGUUUUCCCCCAAGAUUUUCUUGUAGAAGGAGUGUUUGGAAAGAACAUGGCAAUGUUGGGUUUGGGGGAUAUUGUUAUUCCAGGAAUUUUCAUUGCCCUUCUGCUGCGCUUUGAUAAGAGUUUAAAAAGGGACAAGAAUCUGUAUUUCAACUCUGGCAUGAUCGCUUACUUCACUGGAUUGUUAACCACUAUUAUUGUAAUGACCGUGUUCAACCACGCCCAACCUGCUUUGCUAUACCUUGUCCCUGCUUGUAUAUCUGUACCAUUAGGUGUAGCUUUCUAUAAAGGAGAUUUGGAAGCGAUGUUCAGUUAUUCGGAUGAAAAAAGUGAGAAAACCGAACCUGAAAAACAAGAAGACACCAAAAAAUCGGACUGAGUUGACCAAUAUUGCCGAAUGUAAAUUAUUAUUUUAGAAACAUGGAAAACGUCCUGUUGCAGUGUGUAGUUGUUGUUUUUGUUGUUUAUUCUACACACAUUGUAUUUGUUGUGAAAUAUCUCUGUAUGGUUUGUGGGAAUCUAUACCAAUCUGUCUACAGGUUCAAAUUUAAAUUCUGUUUAAAAAUUGUUGCCAUACUUUAUCUUUGCACUAGUUGCAUUUUAAUCUUGCCUAUAAGUCUAUCAAGAUAGAAAUGUGUAUUCGAUAACUGUACAAUACGAGUUGAUGUUGUUGGAAUAGCUAUUUGGGGUUUGAUUUACCAAAAAAAUAUUUUUUUGUUUUAAGUAUGGCUGUACCUUUUUUAUGAAUGAAUUUGUAAACUUUGCGGGAAACGAUUUUACUUUUUAUCGAUGAGUGGCUCGUUCUGCCACAGGUGAUUAGUGCAAUGUCGGUUGUUGCCUUUUUGUAGAAUUACGCGCCAAGAAAAAGUAAAAUGAAAAAAAAGGGUUGUA